AUGUUGCCGCGAAUUGUUGUGCUGAUAUCAGGUUACGGUUCCAAUCUUCAGGCUCUUAUCGAUGCCACUAAGAACGGAACUCUGAAAGCAACCAUAACUCUGGUAGUUUCGAGCAAGCCCCACUGCAUAUGGUUUAAAGCGUGCAGAAGCAGCAAACAUCCCUACUUUAGUGUUUCCGCUACAAGCAUACAGGGACGCGGGGAAAUUACGAAUAGAAUACGAUAUCGACUUGGCUGCAAAAUAAAAGCCUACGAACCGGACCUGAUAGUUCUCGCAGGAUGGGUGCUGAUACUUUCCAGUGAAUUCCUGGACCAUUUUGCGCCAAAAAACGUCAUUAAUUUGCACCCUGCUCUCCCGGGUCAAUUUAACGGGACUGAUGCAAUAAGACGUGCAUACGAGGCCUACAAACGAGGCGAGAUACAAAAAACCGGGGUGAUGGUUCAUAAGGUUAUCCCCGAGGUCGACAGUGGUGAACUGAUCGUGUCUGAAGAAGUUGCUAUAUUAGAGACAGACACGUUAAACGAUUUACAGACACGUAUACAUUCUGUAGAACAUCGUCUGAUUGUUGCAGGCGCAAACAAAAUUCUUCACGAGCUGAAUCAUUUAGUAAAAAAAUACAAUCUAGUAUUACUCGACCGUAUCAGCAGUAGGUAUGCGGACGAAUGGAACGGUUGGAUGCUUAUUAAGACUUAUAAAUUUGUAGGACCUGGUAAAGGAGAGCAUGAACCGUAUCGUCAAAAGAGUGGACGGGAGAAGGUGUACGACAGACACUGCUUACAUUUGACUGCCAAAGAAAUAGAUGAAAAUAUAUCGCAAGGACUUCCAUAUACUAUUCGACUCAAGGUGCCGGACGAUGAUUUACAGUAA